AUGGAAGAUAUUGAGAAGAUAAAACCGUACGUUAGAAGUUUUUCGAAUGCGCUGGACGAGUUAAAGCCAGAAAUAGAAAAAUUAACAUCGAAACCGCUCGACGAACAGCUGCUGCUACUGUCUAAUGAGAGAGCUAGGCUAGAACUGGUCAACCGUUACGCGUAUGUCUUGAGUUCCUUGAUGUUUGCCAGCAUGAAGGUGUUGGGUGUCAGAGACAUGACUCCCAUACUCAACGAACUGAAAAGGGUGAAAUCAUACAUGGAUAAAGCUAAACAAUAUGAUAAUAAGAUAUCCAAAUCUAAUGAGAGGUCGCAGGCGGAACAAGAAAAGGCUAAGAAUAUUAUAUCCAAUGUCUUGGAUGGUAAUAAAAACCAGUUCGAACCCUCCAUAAGCAAUUGCAAUUUCCAGGGUAAGCAUACGAAAUUCGAAAACAAUGAACCGGCGACCAGUACAGUGACCAAGAUUAUUAGCAAUACUGAACAGAUAAGGAAGUCGAGCAAUAAAAAAAUCAAAAAGCCGGACAGAGUAAACAAGAAAAAGGGAGGGAAAUAG